CGUCUGACAACGCAGAUCACACGGAGCAACAUGAAAGUCGUGGCCUUCAUCGUCCUGUCUGUGGCCGCCGCCAGCUUGGCUGAGGAGCAGAAGAAGCAGGAGAAGCGAGGCCUGCUCGGUCUGGGCUACGGAGCCUACCCGGAGCUCAGUCUGGGUCUGGCCGCCGAACGCACCCUGUCGCACGCUCCCACAUUCACCCUCUCCCACGCCCCCACACUCUCCGUUUCACACGCCCCCACAAUCACCGUCUCCCACGCUCCGGUCACCAUCUCCAGCCCAUCCAUCUCCCACGCGCCAACGCUGAGUGUGUCCGCUCCGACCGUAUCGCACGCGCCGUCUGUGGCCGAGGCCACCUCUGCCGUCCCCCAUGCGCUCACUGUCUCGGUGGCCACCCCUGCUGUGUCUCACGGACCCCUCACCACCGUCUCACAGGUGAGCUACGACACGACGCACUACGCACCGGUGCUGUCGCGGGCGUCGUCCGCCCCCGCGACGCUGUCCGCCGCCGCCCCCGCCGUCCCCGCCGCCGCCAGCCUGGUCUACAGUCAGGACCUGGCACUGGGUUACGCCCCCGCCCUGGCGCUGAGCUACGGUCACGGGAUCGACUACGGCUUCAGUCUUAACCAGCACUAGCGGGCACCGUACCACAGAGAGUCGGCGGCAGUGUUGCCAACAUUAUCCAGCACUACAUCAAGUCACUGGUUUACUGUAAUUACCUUUUGCUCUUGUCCGAAAAUGCAAUAAAACUGUGAGUUUCCCAUCAAAA